AUGGAUCCCGAUGCGAUGGAUCGGUCGGACAGUGCUCCCGCGCCAGCGGCUGAUGGCGCGCGCGAUUCACCCAGGGACCAGAACAGCCGCAGGGCUGCCGCGUGUCUCGUCUGUCGCCGAUCCAAGAUCAAGUGCGAGAAGGGCCGUGACCAGAACGACGGCCGCUGCCACCGCUGCCUCCAAUUAGGCGUUGAUUGCGUGCGCCCGGACUUCCACGUCGGCCGCCGCAAGGGCGUCAAGAACAAGCGCACGGGACUGGAGAAAGCGUUGCAUCAGGUGGAGCAGGCGCUGAGACGCACCGGAUCUGGCAUCGAGGCGGCCAAGGUUGUCUCGGAUCUCAAAGCGCUCCUCAGUCCCGGUUCCCACGGGUCUCUGUCGGUCGUUAGCCACCACCAACCCGGGGCCAGGGUUGCGGAACCACGCCGGGCGUCCAAGCAGAGCGACAUCCUGCUGCCCGAUGCUUCCUCGGAUGCUGGCGAUAGUUCUGCCUCAGACCAGGACGCCAUGAGUGUGCCGCAGGAGUCUACGCCCCCUCAGGGGCACGUUGGUGAGGAGAGCCUAGCUGUCGAUGACGCAGAGAAUCCCCUCCAACUCCUUGCUCGAGCAUCCGACUUGCAUGUCUCGCCCAAGACCAGUGACCACGUGGUUGCCGAAGCCAUGUCUCAUCAGCGGACCCGCCAGAGCAAACAAAGCGAGAAAAUAUCCGAAGUAGAAAGGUUCUUCAAACUCAGCCAGUUCAGUCUCGACACAGGGCCGGACCUAGAUCCGGUCGACCUCGGCCUGAUUACGCUCGAGGAGGCUGAGACGCUGUUCAGCUUCUUCCACCACAGCCUCGCCCACACGCGCUGGGGACUCGACCCGGCGCUCUACACAGCCGCAUUCACGCGCACCAGGUCCGCCUUCCUCUUCACCUCCAUCGCUGCCGCUGCCGCUCUCUUCAUGCCUGCCGCCUCGGCCCUCUCUCGCCGCCUAUCUAAUCACUGCAAGACCCUGGUCAACCGCAUCAUCCUGGAUCGCCACCGCUCCGUCGAAAUCGUGCUCGCCUUCAUGGUGAAUGUGCCCUGGAUGUUUCCUGGAAAGCAUAGCACCGACGACGAAACCUGCUGGUAUGUGUCCAUGGCUACCACCAUGGCGCUGGACCUCUCACUGCACAAGAUCCUUGUGCCAGUUGCUUCGCUGCGGGAUGGACCCGGUGGGCGUGGCGGCACCUUUGGAGGGAUUGCAAGGGCGGAUUGUAUUGACCCCAAAGUGGCACUGGCGUUGGACGGGUUCGGCGAUGUAGAUCCCAACUCGGAGCUGGGGUUGCGCUUGCUAAGGAGACGGGAGAGGUGUUGGAUUGCUCUAUUUGUAUUGGAGCGUGGGAUGUGCUUGGCGAGAGGGCGCUGUUACACCGUCCCUGUCACCCCUAUUCUUCGGGGAUGUGACCAGUGGCACCUGUCGAACAUUGCGGACAGUAUGGAUGGGCAUCUGGUGUCCAUGGCGGUUCUGCGAAGAGAUCUGGACGAAUUGUUUGCCUCCAUCAGAUCCCUUUGCGACCAGUCACGCGACGGCAGGGCGGACGGCGCCAUGGUCGCCCGGUCAAUUCAGAUGAUCGUGGAAAAGUUCUUCGAUGAAUGGCAUGCCAAAUGGGGCAUUUCCAUUGGCAGCGGCCCCCAACAUCGGUUGCCUCCCUACGUGCAAAUCUUGGUCACGCAUACACGUCUAUCCAUCUACAGUACAGUCAUCAAUCACCCGACGGCCCCGACCGAAGUCCGCCACUUCUUCCAUGCGGCAGGUUUACAGUCAGCGCUGAACGUCAUGCGAGCCGCGAUCCAGGGCGAAGGGCAGCUCUCGAGCAUGCCCAAUAACACGGCAAUCAUGAUAUCAUUCGCGGCAUGCUUUGCGCUUCGACUGAGCGGCCAGUUCACGGGCAACUCUAACCUAGCACCCAGUGUGCGGACGUUGAUUGAAGAAACAGCAGAGGUUCUAGAACGCAUCGGCUCGACAACACCGCACCGCAAUGGGAUGUCAGCAUUGUAUGGAAAGUACCUCAAGUACAUCGUCAAGAAAGCCGCAGCAGCCGCCCCAGUCUCGGUCGAGAAGGCCGCGAGGCCGCGUGGCGUGACACAGCCGGAGCUAAUCUCACAACAUGGCCUUCCGGCCACUUAUUCGCGGCCCAACAAUGGGCGCGCAAGCUUCAGCGUGGCGGACUCGUUACACCAGAGCCCGCCUGUCUCCGGCUUCCUGGACCAGCCUCUAUGGUCGGAGCCGAUUCAGUUCUCGUCCAUGUCGGAUGAUCAGAUUGCCGAGGCACUCAGCAGAGUCAACAACGAGUUCGAUCCGGCCCUAAGCAUGUACCCAUGGGACGAGGCUGCUGCUUUGGAUUGGCUCAAUUGGUCUAAUCUUCCAGACUUCGGGACUUGA